UGUCGCUCAUAAGAAAAGUUUACACAAUGAGUGACAGGCUUUUGAAUAACUUAGACAAACUUCUGCUGGAGUUUGUGUUCCAGCUAGAACAAACAACUUAUGCUAAGGAACAUGUGAAGCAACAGAUAAAUUUGUAUACUGCAAAAAUCGCAGAAAAGAAGAGUGAAAUUGCUAGGUUGGAGGAAAAUAUAAAUACCAGCAAUGAAGCAAUUGCUGAUUUGCACAAGCAAAAUGAGAGUAGUAAGGAGAGCUGUAAUGCGUGGAAGCCCACCUAUGUAAUCCUUAGCAAGCAUGAAGAAUAUUUGAAAAGUGAACUUGAAGCUUUACAGGAAGCUACAGAAAACGAGAGGAAAAUGUAUGAGGAUUACAUAACCCAGUAUAAGGAGAUUUUGAAGCAACACCAUGAAAAAUACGCAGAAACUGCUCUUGCACAGGAGUGUUACAAAAAAAAGAAAGAGCUUGAAGAAAUCAAAAACCGAAUUUUGAAGCACUCUGAAAAAUAUAAAUUGAAUGAAGAUGCUUGCUUGGAUAUUCUGGAGCUUGUUCCAUUUAAAUCCCUGAAUGACUGGGCCGUAUACAUUGCUUCUUCGAGACAAAAAACACAGGAAAUGUUAAAGCUUGCUGCAGCUGCUAAGCAAGAAUCCAUUGAACUGCAAAAAGAAGCAGAGGAAUUAGAAAUUAAAAUAAAUUAUUUAAAAAAGACAUUUGAAGAGACUACAGAAGAUCAAAAUAAAUCCAAAAUGAUUGAAGGAAAAAAUCAGAAAAGUCUAGAGAAGCUAAAAGAGUUUAAAGAAAGGAUAUUUGAAGAGAAUGAACAUCCAGCUUUGCUAAACAAGAAGCAUCAGCUGUAUAAACCGUUACACGCCCCGUGCAUUCCUCAGAAACUAGUCCAAUCUGUACAAAGUAUUAGAUUUAAAAUGCAAGGAACAGAAACAGGGAAAGAAGAAAAAGAAAAACCAAUGGAACUUUCAGUGCCCACUAGCAGUUCCUCCAGCCUUGCAGAAGAAUCAUCACAGAUGGUUAUUGACACUGCAGGGACUGAUAACCCACAAAUGGCCCAAGUCCCAUCAAUAGCAGACUUACAAAAUCAAAUGCAAUUCAGACUGCGAAUUCCUCCAAAACAGAUGACUUCUAAUCAGCAGUUUGAAAGUGAAAAUGCAGCAAUAGAGAACCAAGAGGCCAAAUGUGAUGAUAAAGAAGCAGAUGAGCCAAAGGAUUCUUUGUAUAUACCUCAGGACAUACAUCCAUGUUUCAAGUCAAAUGAAGAUAAUCCUGACACAGCAGACGAAAGCACAGAACACUUUUUAAGAGCACCAGAAACACCUGAGUUUGUAGGAACAUCUGACUUGAAGGGGAAGAAAACGCCGUUCCCUAAAACACCUCCAUUUGACUUCAUUCAUAGUUUAGGUUGUGAAGAAGGAACAUCAAAAUCUCCUGCUUUCUUUUCUCUCAUGAACUUCUCCCAGAAGUCACCUGGUUUUAAUUUGUUUGAUUCUUCUGUGUUUGGGGCAGAAAAUUCAUCUGAUGAGACAGAGGAAAGUUAUUCUGUGGGAAACUUGAACCCCUUGUCCCCACAAAAAGAUACAGGAAGCUUGUUUGGGAAACCAGAAAGUGAGGAUGUGUUUACCUUUCCCUUCUCCUCGGAAUCGACUUCUCAUGCAUUUGGAGAUGGAAAAGAUGACUUUAGUUUUCCAUUUGCGUUUGGACAGGAUCAGAGAUCAUCACAGCCUCCUUCUGUGAAAGGUUUUCAUUCUUCUUUGGAAAAUACAAAGCCAUUUACAUUCUUUUGAAUACCUUUGACUUCCUUUUAAAUUAUUUUCCUACUUAGCCUUGACAAAUGUUUGCAGUUUCUUAAGUUAAAAUGCAAAGUGUUAAUCUUCUCCUUUCAUGUAAGAAUACAUUAUCGCAAUUGCUGUGUGAGCAUGUGCGUGUUCGUCAAACAUGUGUGCUUCGACAUGCAGCUUUUAUUUUUCUUAUUUAUUUUCUAGAUGUGUUGUUCUCAUUAAAUGUUACGUUACACACUGGCUAAAUUGGUACUUACAAGCAGCAGACGUAUCAUUUUACAGUAGUGUGUCAAGUUAAUAUCUGUGAGAGAGCAUCUGAACUUCUAGAUGACUACUUUCAGCCUAUGACAUAAACUAA